AUGACGGCCAGCACGGGUGCAUCUGGUGAAGGUAAAACCUUCGGAUACAAGUCUGAAGAGGGCAAGGACCAGGGAAGCCAGGCAGGGGCAUGGCCUUGCAUUGACCAGCUGAUUGCAGCUGUGCCAGUGCGACCCUACAUCUUCGAGCAGCCGCCACAGAGUGUUUCGGCGGGUUCUCGAUAUGGCGCACUGGAGCACUGCGGAGCUGUGCCAAAACCGUACCUUCCUGGGCCGGAAGCCAACUUCUCCGUCGUUAAGGGCCUUCUUACAGACAACGAGGUUGCGCAACUGCUAUCAACUUGCAGCCAAGUUCUGAGUGAGGCGAUUCGCACUGGAAGGGGCAGGGAACCUGAUGCGGUUGAUGGUCUUCCAAGCUUUACCGUGCAGCAAACUGCCGCGGAAUUGCGCUCGGACACUUCGUCUCCCUUGCGACCGCUGGUAGACGCUGUUCUUUUGCCAUUGGUCAGACGGCAGUAUGGCUAUCCCGCUGCGCUGUCUCACGCACUUUUUAGGCGCUUUGUGCCAGAGGAACGCCGCUUCGUUGCUCCGCAUUACGAAUAUGCGGCCUUCGCGGUCGUUGUUAUUUCUCUGCAGGAGCCUUCGACCUGUACUGGGGGCAUGUUUGUUCAAAGCUCCGGCAAUGCUUUCUUGGAUCGGAGAUUCGUUCAACUGGAUCGAGGCGACCUAUGCAUCUUUCAGUACGACCUUUUUCAUGGAACGGACGUUCAAGACGGAUUUCGCUACGAAUUGGUUUUGCAUUUCAAAGACUCUGAAGCAGCGGUGCUACCUCGCACCUGUCCCUGGUACAGGACCCAAGCCGAGAGCGAUGAUCCUUUCUCGCUUUACGGUUUGGCUCUGUCUCUGGCUUCUUCCAAAGACUUCAAAGGUGCGAAAGUCUUCUUAGAGCAGGCCUGCGAACUCGGGUAUCCAGACGCGCUUUGCACUGCUGCGGAAUGGUGCUGGGAGCCGCCUCCCGGUUCAGGGCUGAAGGAGUCUUCCAGCACAGCACUGUCCUUCUGGAAACGCGCUUCAGAACUUGGCCACAGCCGGUCGCAGAGCCGGUAUGGAAGCCUCCUUUUGCAGGGAGUACCCGGCCGAGUCCAACAGGACGUGUUUGAGGGCAAACGUAUGCUCCGCCUUGCUUUCGAGCAGGAUGAACCAGAUGCAGGGUUCGCCUUGGGCCAAGCGCUGCUGCAAGAAGGUGACAGGGAUGGCGCCACCAAGCUACUCGCAUCAUCCAUGAAAGGCCACCCGCGAGCGUGCUUCCAGGUGGCAGAGAUGUACAGGGAAGGCCAGCACAAAUUCCCCAAGGAUUUGCAGCAAUCACUUCUCUACACCAAAUGGGCUGCUCAUCAAGGAGAUGCGCAGGCUCUCAGCAACCUUGGUCACCUCCUGGUGAACGGCAUGGGGGUAGUGAAGGAUGAAGCGAAGGCUGUGCGAUUGUUCCGCCAUGCGGCAAAGCGCGGAGCUCCAGAGGGUAUGCUGAACUAUGGCUUGGCCCUGCUGCGCGGGAGUGGUGGCGUCAAGGUGGAUUACCAGGAAGCCCUGACUUGGGCACAGAAGUCGGCAGCGCUGGGCCAUAGCCUUGCGCAUCAGCAGCUCUCCAUGUUCUUCAAUGCUGCGAAGAACCCCAAUCCGCCAGCCCGUUGUGUGCCAUCUUCUGUGGAGGAACUGCGGACGCUUGGAGUAAGAGACCUUCGGGAACUGCUUCGUUCAGAAGGCAUCGACUUCUCUGACUGUGUUGAGAAAUCGGACCUGAUUGCUCGAGCAGCUUUGCAUUUGCCCGGAGUCGCUGAACCUUGGGAUGCGGCUCCCGAGCACAUGCUGCUUCUUGAGCCGAAGCGGCCAACAAAGGAAGACAUCCUCAGGCAGAGGGCACAGGCAGCAGUGCAUGCAAAACCAGGUGAAAACGGGACGCCUUUGCCGCCUUUGCAGUGCGCCGCGGCUCAGGCGAAGGCAGAUUGCCCUCGACAGCCAUGUCGCGCAGAGCCUCCAGCCACUGAGCACUACUAG